UAAUGAGAAAGAUUAUAAAUAAAUGUAAUUAUUAGAUGAGAAAAGGAAUAAAAUAAGGAUUUAGUGGUGGUGGAGUAUAUGAUGAAGAAGGAGGCGAGAGAAAGUUUGGAAAGUGGAUCGAAUUGGAUGAUAAGUUUAAGUUUGAUAAAUAAAUCACAUACAAUGUUGAAUAUAAUACGAAUGGUAUGAACAUAGGUAUAUGAGAGGUAAUAAGUAUUAACAAAAAAACAGAAAU